GCCAUGGCCUUCGUGCUCAACCCGCGCUCGCCGCACUCCGAGGUCCGGGUCGGCGAGGCGGUGCGGACGCAUGCCGAGGCCCGGGCGCUGCUCGCCGAGCUCGGCGUCUCGGAGGUCUCGCUCGCGGCCCCGCCGUGCGCGCUCCUGUUCCGCGACUUCGACCUCGAGGACCGCGUGCUGGCCCUUCCGCCGCUGAAGCAGAGUGGCUGGAGGGAGGCCUACUCGACAUACAUGGCCUUCUUUAAGGCGAAGCAGGUUCCGGCGCUGAUACCAGCGCGGGAGGACACGCAGCGCUUCUUCUUGCACGACAUCGACCCCGGCAACGGCCUGGUGGUCUACUUCGGGGUGGACGAGGGCUUCAGGCGCGACAUGCACGAGCUCGCCACGCGCUUCGCGCGCCCCGGCGCGCGCCUGAAGUGGGUCCACGCGCAGGGGGACGACUUCGGCGUGAGCUUCGCGAAGAGCGUCAAGCUGUCCAGGGGCGAUUUCCCGGAGGUGGUCAUCUGGGAGUUCGGCGAGACGGAGGAGAGCGACAAGGUGCACCGGAUGUCGGAGAAGCUCCCCGGCGCUGCGCUGGCGAAGGAGUCCGUCGAGGCGCUCGUGGCGGGCUGGCAGGCCGGCUGGGCCCCCGCGGCGGAGGGCGGCUCAGGCCGCAGCGCCCCCGGCGGCGCGCCGAAGGCGCUUGCCGCGGCGGAGCCCGCCGCCCCCGCGCAGCACGCGGGCGCGGACGCGUCGUGCACGGCCGGGCGGGCGGCAGCCGCGUGGGUCUUCGACGACGCGGCGGAGCCCGACAGGCGCGGCGAGCCCCUGACCGAAGACAUGCUGCAGUCGCGCGGCGGCUUCACGCUCGUCCAGGUCGGCGACGUGGGCCUGCUGGUGCCCCCCGGCGGCCAGCCGGGCGCUCGCGCCGUGCGGCGCUUCGCGUCGUUGGAGGCUGCCAGGGCGCACGCCGCCAGACUGGCCGCGGCCCCCUCCUUCGGCGGCGCCGCCGCUCAGCCAGGCGCUCUGGCGCCGCCCGGCGCCUUUCCGUGCCCCGUGGGGGCGGACCUGCCCAGCUGCCACGCGUGGUGCGAGGGCGUGCUGGCGCUCCCGCCGAUGCAGGUCGCCGCCACGCUGGCCGGCAAGCCCUGCGCGGGUGCGGUUCCUAAGGCGCUCUCAGACCCGCCCCGCUGCGUGUGCCGGGCUGCCUCGGAGUGGCCCCGGGUUCUGGGAGGGGCCCCGGAGCCUUUCGCGUACGCCCGCAGUGCGUCUGGGAGAUACGUUGAAGCCUCCGAGGCUCUGGGAGAGGAGUGA